AUGUCUUCUAACAGGGGCUCAGCAAGCCCUCCUACCAAGAAAGGCGUCGCCAAGGUCAUUAAGCCCAAGAAAGGCUACAACGCGAGAAAUCGAAACACCUGGACUGUUCCACAACUUAAGGCGGAGUGCAAGGCUCACGGGUUGAAAGUCGGUGGCAGGAAAGACGAGCUUAUCAUUGGCCUGCAAGUCAACGACGACACCAAGAAGGAGGCAGCUGGAGACGAAGACAUCGAGGACGAGCACGAGGACGAAGAAGCUGCCGGAGAAGACACUGUUGACGCCGAGAAAGAGGGCGAGAAGACGCCAGAGGUAGGAGACACGACCAGUGAACCUGAUCCGACGGCUCCACCCAAAGCAGACAAAGAAAUCAAGAUUCCCGGCAUAAAAAAGGCCACGAUGUCUGAGCCUUACGUUGAGGAAAAGCCUGCGGAUCGUUCACGUACCAUCAGGAAGCCCGAACCUAAGAGAAUCGGCGCUGAUGGUCAUCCACUCUUCAGAAAGCCGACAAGGAAGAUUGCAGCUGGCGGUAAACCGGUGCCGAAGAACGGCUACAAGGCUAUCUCUGAGUCGGCGUCGCCGGCGCCAGUGCCAGGUUUUAAGGCGAAGCGGGUUGAGAUUGAGCGGGCGAAAGCUUAUCGCAAGGCUAAUAUGAAGAUCGUCGAGCAAGUUAUGAGGGAUAAUGGAGAUGACGAUGAGGUGUUCUCUGAUGCUGUUAAUCAGUUGGGUAAGGCAAGAGAUGAGCUGUCUAAGAUUGCUAAGGCGGAGGCUGUUGAUGAUGAGGUGGAGGAAGCGGAGGUGGCUAAAGAUGAUGAGGAGUUGGUGGACGACGAUGAGGAGGUGCAUGAGCAUGUGGCUGAUCCGGAAGAUGGCGACUUCAGUGAUGGGUCGCGCAAGCGCAGUAGGGACGAUGAGGAUGUAGAAGAUGUGUUUGGCUCAAGCAAAUCCAAACACAUCAUAAGCAUGGCGCCAACAACAAGAUCAAAGACCACCAAGGUCUGCCCAAGUAAGACUACCAGCGCGAGACAAGCCGCUUCCACCCCAAGCCCCAAGAUCACGAAGAGAGCGCCUCUCAAGACCAAGGGCACCAAAACCUCCCGCCUCAGCUCCUCCAUCACAGGCUACAGUCCCGCCCUCCCAGGGAAGGACUGGGACAUUCGGAUGUACGACCUAGCCAUCGAACGCAACCACGGCGGCAAGAUGCUGCGCCCAACCGCCGUCCAAAUCCACGAAGCCAGGCACGCCCGCAGAGUCCAGCAGGAAUUGCGCAAUCUGCUCCCCAAAGUCCACGGCGUGCCGGUGUCCGGACAUCUGACCAAGACCUUGCAAUCUUUGAUUAGGAUUUUGGAAGUAUUUACGAAGGAGCCUACGCAGCGUGAUCUGAAGAAGGUGAAUUAUGAUGCGAUUCCUGAUCGCCCGAUCUGGUAA